CCCGCCCCGGCCCCGCUCCGCGGCCCGCGCCUGGCCGGUUCCGACCCCUUCCUCCCCCACCCACCCUUCCCGACAUUUUCGGGCGAGUGGUGAAAAGUUACCCGGGCCCCGGUCCUUCGGCGAGAAGACGGGGACGGGGCGACAGCGACGGCCCGGGACGGGCGGCGGGCCGCGGGCGAGCGCCCGGGCGGACGCCGGGGACGCGGCCCGCGCGGACUCGGAGGACCGAGGCUGUCACCCCGUGUACGUAGCCAGGGAUGGUACAGCACCCAGGCCGCCUCCGAGCCCCUGUGCCUGGGGCACCGUCUGCCUGGCCGGCACUGUAAGGCAAACAGAGCGAACCAGGAGCCAGGACUUCACGGGAGAAGCCUCCGGUGGAGGCUCAGCCCCAGAAUGGGUUCUGCCGGCCGUUGCCAACCCCCGGUGGCCUGACCCCCAACCCCCCCACCCCCUGGCGCCAUGGGGUGGCCAGGUCUGUGAGCGCACUGCCCUCGCUGGCCGCAGGCACGGAGGAGAGGCCGAGGACCCGCGGUUGUCAUGGCCCAUGAUGCGGCUGCGGGCCCCAUCGUCACGGAGAGGCUGGUGGCCCUGCUGGAGGGCGGGGCCGAGAAGGUGCUGCUGAUCGACAGCCGGCCCUUCGUGGAGUACAACACCUCCCACAUCCUGGAUGCCAUCAAUGUCAACUGCUCCAAGCUCAUGAAGCGCCGGCUGCAGCAGGACAAAGUGCUCAUCACCGAGCUGAUCCAGCACUCGGCCAAGCACAAGGUGGACAUCGACGGCACCCAGACGGUGGUCGUUUACGACCAGAGCUCCCGGGACGUGGCGUCUCUGUCGCCCGACUGCUUCCUCACCGUGCUGCUGGGCAAACUGGAGAAGAGCUUCCGCUCCGUGCACCUGCUCGCAGGCGGGUUUGCCGAGUUCUCGCGCCGCUGCCCCGGCCUGUGCGAGGGGAAGGCCACCCUGGUGCCCACCUGCAUCUCCCAGCCCUGCCUGCCCGUCGCCAACACCGGGCCCACGCGGAUCCUCCCCAACCUUUACCUGGGCUGCCAGCUCGACGUCCUCAACAAGGAGCUGAUGCUGCAGCAUGGCAUCGGCUAUGUGCUGAACGCCAGCAACACCUGCCCGAAGCCGGACUUCAUCCCCGAGUCCCACUUCCUGCGCGUGCCGGUGAGCGACAGCUUCUGCGAGCGGAUCUUGCCGUGGCUGGACGCGUCCGUGGACUUCAUCGAGAAAGCCAAGGCCUGCAACGGCUGCGUCCUGGUGCACUGCCUGGCUGGGAUCUCCCGCUCCGCCACCAUCGCCAUCGCCUACAUCAUGAAGCGGAUGGACAUGCCCCUGGACGAGGCCUACAGGUUUGUGAAGGAGAAGAGGCCGACCAUCUCUCCCAACUUCAACUUCCUGGGCCAGCUCCUGGACUAUGAGAAGAAGAUCAAGAUCCAGCCUGGCGCGGGGCCCAAGAGCAAGCUGAAGCUCCUGCACCUGGAGAAGCCGCCGGAGCCCCCCGCGGCCACCCCGGAGCACGGACAGGGGGGCGAGCAGCCCCACGGCACCCCCUGCGCCCUGGCUGUGCCCUCAGCAGCGGGAUCGAGGCCCGCACCCCCUGCCGCGGUGGAGGCCGGGCCCCUGGCGCAGGCCCUGGGCGGCCUCCAGCUGGCCUCGGAGCCGGAGGACAGCCGGCGGCUCAAGCGCUCCUUCUCGCUGGACAUCAAGUCGGUGUCGUGCUCGGCGGGUGCGGGUGCCGGGGAGGACACCCCGGAACCCUACAAGCCGGCCACUGCGCUCGACGGCCCCAGCAAGCCCUGCCACUUCUCACCCGUGCGGGAGGUGUCAGAGCAGACCCCGGAGAGCAGCCCAGAUGGGGAGCCCCCGCAGCCCCCACGGGCCCCCACCAGCCAGGGCCUGCGCCCGCACCCCGCCAGGACCGGGGCGCCCCCCAGGGCCCCCUUCGCACCCCUGCAGCGGAGCGGCAGCGUGGAGGACACCGGCCGCGCCGGCUUCCUCUUCGGCCUGUCCACCAGCCAGCAGCACCUGGCCCAGUCGGCGGCCGCAGGGCUGGGCCUCAAGGGCUGGCACUCGGACAUCCUGGCCCCGCAGGCCGCGGCCCCUGCGCUGGCUGGCGGCUGGUACUUCGCCGCGGAGCCCCCGCACUUCUACCCGGCCUCGGCCAUGUUUGGGGCCCGGGCCGGCUACCCAGCCUACAGCUGCAGCCAGCUGCCCACCGGGGGCGGCGAGCACGGGGGCUCGGUGCGCAGGCGGCCGCGGCCCAGCGAGCGCGGAGACUCGCGGCGCAGCUGGCACGAGGAGAGCCCGUUCGAGAAGCAGCUGAAGCGCAGGAGCUGCCAGAUGGAGUUUGGAGAGGGCCUGGCGGCCGACAGCCGCUCCCGGGAGGAGCUGGGCACGGUGGGCAGCCAGUCCAGCUUCUCGGGCAGCAUGGAGGUCAUCGAGGUGUCCUGAGGGCCCCGGCUCCCGGACGCAUUCCCAUCGAAUCUGAAGUCUGCACAGGCGCCGCUGCGGGGGGGGGGGGGGCGCACCAGGCUGCCCCUCACCCCUACAGCAGCAGGCUGCGGGCCGGGCUGUGUCAGACCCCACCAACCCCACGCCGUGCCCCCCCACGGAGACCACCUGCCUGCAGUCACGUCCGGCCAGCCCCUCGGGCAGAGGCGGAGCCAGCUGGGAGUCUGUGAGGGCAGAAGCCAGGGCUGCUGU